GGCGGACAUACGGGAUAAUCCCAACGUCCGUUCGCGAGAAAACAUUUUGUCACCCUCAAGCGCUCACCGGCGCGCAGCGCUCGUAUACAAGUCGCGGAAGGACACCUUCGUGUUUCAAACCCAUUUUUGUUUUCUCUCACCCACAAACCAAUCCAUCUCUCUCUCUCUCUUUAUUUUUAUUUUAUUUUUUUCUCGUGGCGAGUCCGCAGCGCCGCCUGCGUGUGCCAUUUGAUGCGAGCUGUUUGAAAGCGUGCAAACGUAGCAGCGGACAGGGGACCGUUCAUUGUGCAGCGAAGAGUAAGUCGUGGGGUAAUCGAUAGAGUCGCCGGCAAGCAAAGGUAACCAAGGCACGAGAUAAGAGAAACGGGAUGGCUGAAGACGGAUUGGAAGUUCGCCAGAUGCGACCGGAGGAGAUCUCGCAGGCAGUGGAUAUCUGGAAAGAGCAGGGACUGGAAGAAGGGGAGAACAACGUGAAGAUAUGGUACGAAGUGGAUCCCGAGGGGUUCUACGUGGCCGUCGACACCGACACAGAGCAAGUCGUAGGCACGUGCGCAGCUGUACGCCAACACGAGUCCCUCUUCUUCGUCGGCAUGUACGCCGUACGCAAGAGCUACCAGGGACGUGGCAUCGGUCCCCGUGUCUGGCAGGUACUCAUGAACCGUGUCGGAGAGAACAACGCGGGACUCAACGCCGUACCCAAGCACCUGUCCACGUACCGUGACAGGGCUGGAUUUUCCUACUUGGAGCCCUGGAGCACGCUCGUCUACAACACGACCAACGUCACUCCAGAGAAAUUACAGCCUUCUUCCGAAGGUCUACGGGUGGUUCCUAUAGACGACGACAUUCUGCCGAAGCUAAUCGAAUACGACACAGAAAUCCACGGCUACGAUAGACACAAAGCUGUUACCCUUACUCUUCAGGACGAGGACGGCUGCGCGCGAGCUGUCGUAAGGCAAGGAGACGACGGAGAGGAUGUUGUAUGCGGAUUUGGUAAAUUGAGCGCGAAUAUUCUAGGGGGCGCUCUCGCUUCUCCUUUGUACGCAGACGACAGGGACGCUGCGGGUGUACUAAUACGGGAGCUGGUAGAAAACUUUGAACCGUCAAAGCAUAGCCUCACUAUGAUGGUGCUAGAUUGCAAUGACGACGCCUGUGCCCUGGCCGAAGACCUUGGCUUGAGUCACUACAUGAAGGUACCUCGGUGCUAUAGAAUCGAAGGCGUUCAGGCGUCGUUAGAAAAAAUAUACGCGCAACAUGAUCUCAACUUUACUACUUUUUGAAAUGAGAACGCUAUUAUAGCCAGAGGUAUCCUGGUGCAGUGAGCAUUCUUUGCAAGAGGUGUAGUCUAGCGUUUCAUACUUGUCGCUACGUGCACAUGGCAAACGGCUUCACUUGACGCAUGUUACCUGUAUGGAAUCAUUCGUUGAUUUUAUUGUUAAAUAUGACUCCCGAGCAGCUCAGACAUGACGUGCUCAAAGCAGUGUCACUAUAGUGACCAGUAGCCCUCUGAGCGCUCCCUCUGUACACGGAGGGAAGUGGUGCUUACUGUUUAGACACCCGCAUGCUCAAGCAUUGGAUAAAUUGCAAGUGGAAACAAGAACUGGGUGACAGGCACGUCAAAGCGCGCGUUUCAGACGCUCAGCCUGUAAUGUACGUGUAAUGUGUGAGGGGAACAUGACUAACAACACAUGUUGGCCAACCGAUACUGAGCAUGUACCCAUGUCAUUUCACCUCCUUCACAUUGAUUCAGCUUGUCCAUGUUAACUCACGCGCACAGAUAUAGCAACCAGACAACAUUGUAUGGCAAAGACGUGUCUGUAGCACGACCUACUAGAUUAUGAUCUAGUAGGUCGUGGCCUGUAGUAACAAGGAAUCGCGACGUAAUCUGACGAGAAAAAGAUAAAGGAGCAAGACAGGUGACGCGAGAGUACAGUGUAACGGAGCGCUGUCUAUGGCUUAAGAUAAUACCUUUUUACGUUGUUUUAUUUCUUUUCGCACAUCUCAACUUUCUUUUCAGCACACCUAAUGGUGAAGUGUAAUGUUUACGGAAGGGUCGUGCUGCUGCUGCUGCUGCGCACAUUUACGUGCGAAAUCGCUUAGAAAUGAUAUGAAGUAUUUCCCCAUUUGUACUUUAAACGUACUUUUUUUGUUGUGUGGUGUCCGAUGGGGCUAGUGCUUUAGAAACCAUUUUAUGGUCCAUUCGCAAACCAUUUACCUGAUUUUUCUUGUUUCCUUUUAUUUAGAGCAUAUUCUGUGGGUUCAUGAAAUUUCCUUUCACCCAGUCAACAAGGUGAUAUGUCAAAUGAACUGUGAUAAAUCGCCUAAGGACGAAUUCGCUUAUGUCAUACACAAUAAAAUUUUUAUACAAUUCGGGUGUAAAUGGCUUGUACCGUGGAGAAGGUAUACACACGUUUCGUAAGCCACCCUUCUAAAUAGUGUAUCCUACAAAAGGCUCCAUUUCAAAUGGCAUAUUCACAGAAGCCAAUUUUAGGCCGGGUAAGGGGGGGGGGGGGGUGCAUUGCAUUGAAAAGCACUGCACCAGCUGGGAGUUUUUGCAAACACAUCUUUCGACACUGUUUAUACACCUUUCAGUUGAGCUUGCCUUUAUUGAGCGAGCGUUUAUUUUCAGAAAACACCCUCUUUACACGCCGGAAGGUGUAAAACAUUACUGUGUAGGUUCGCCUAUUCUCGAAGUAAACAUCACGACGUCUAUGUGUGGAGGACCACAGUAUCACUCGCUCGUUUCUGUGUUCCAUAGUUUUGAUUUUCUUAACUGAUAUACUUUCAUGACAGAAAUACCGGGACACAAACAAUAAAUAGAAGCGCGAGCAAUUAAUUAUGCUUUUCGUGGUGCCCAGGAUAUUCCAUGCAUGCUGCCCAAAAAUGUGCUCAUACAAUAUGAAUGGGCACACAAGCAUUUUCUUUUUUUUUUCUUUUUGGUACCGGCUGCUGUAUAGUGUUGUCGAUAUAAGCAUCACUGGAAUGAACGCACAUAUCGUUUUGUAUAAAUGUGAACAUACCGGUUGAUAAAUAAAAUUGUUGAUGGUUUACUGA